GCCAUCUUAGGAACGCAGUUCAACUCGAUAAAAAGAAAUACAAGGCAGAUUUCUUUUAUCGAGAAGGUUAGUAGCAUUCCAAUCCACUUACAUUCCGUGAUCAUCCCUACCGGAUCUCUUCUUGUUGCACCUUUCAUCACACUCGGCUACAAUCAUCAUCUCAUCUCCGUCGGAGCACCGCGGAUCGAUUCGAGUAACAUCCGUGCCUGGAACAAAUCAUCAGCAUCAACUUUCUUCGGUCAAGCACCCCAAAUCAGCUGUGACCAUCACACACAACAGAAACACUCAAGCGACACAUCAGUAGCAGCAGGAUUUAUUGAAAUACAAGGCAAAUUCCUUGCCUUGAAAAGAUCCAACAUCGCACAUCAUGUCGACCACCGAGCGAAAACUGCGCAGCCUCAAAGCCCGUCGGCGCAGUUUAUCAGCAUCCUUCCUCAACAUCAGCAGAUUCGUCGAUGGUUUCCAAGAACCCCGAGACACCGCAGAGGCACCAGUCCGACUAGAAGCAGUCGUCGAAAUCUGGUCCGAGUACGCGAAGGUCCAGUCUGAGUUGGAAACCCUGGACGAAACACCUGAAGCACUAGAUAAGUACCUCGAGCAAAAAACUGCCUUUGAAACAGCAUACUACAGGGUAAAGGGAUUCCUACUGCAAAAAUGCCCCCCACAAGCCACAGUACAAACACCAUCUCACAUCACACAGCCCCAUAACACGCACGUCAAAUUGCCCGAUGUUAAACUGCCCAUAUUUUGUGGAAAUGUUGAGAACUGGCUCAACUUCCACGAUUUGUUUGUUUCACUCGUCCACUCGUCGCAGGAAUUAUCGAGCAUCCAAAAAUUUUACUAUUUGCGCUCAUCCCUGUCAGGAGAAGCACUUCAACUUGUGCAAACUAUCCCGAUAUCAGCCACAAAUUAUUCCGUUGCUUGGAAUUUAUUAUCUCAACAUUAUCAAAAUUCCCGUAUGCUAAAAAGAACCUAUGUUCAAGCCCUUUUCGACUUCCCGAUAUUGCGCCGAGAAUCACAAAAUGACUUGCACUCGUUGGUCGAAAAAUUCGAAGCCAACGUCCGUAUUUUGAAACAACUAGGGGAAGCCACCGAACAUUGGGACUUGCUUUUAAUACAUCUUCUUGCUAGCCGCUUAGAUCCCAUCACCCGUCGGGAUUGGGAAGAACAUUCGUCCGCUUCCGAAAACACAACUUUCCGACAACUUACCGAUUUCAUCCAGCGCCGAGUUAAUGUCCUUGAACAAUUAUCGUCCAAGCCACAAAACGAAUCCCAAUCCCAGUCCCAGCCACAAUCACAAAAUCGCCGCCCCAAUUAUUCCCGUUCAGCAAAUCACACUACACUCCCAGAGCCCAGAAUGCAAAAAUGCAUCGCUUGCCCCCAAGAUCACAGCAUUUUUCACUGCCCCAGUUUCACCAGAUUAUCACUUAAUGAAAAAACUGCACUCGCGAAACGAAACCGACUUUGUUUAAAUUGUUUCCGACGAGGACAUUAUGCGCGCGAAUGUCCGUCGGAUAACUGCUGCAAGAACUGCCGAUCCAGACAUCACACGCUUCUCUGCCCCAACACACAUACCCAUACCAAUUCAAACCCCUCUAGAACAAUCGCCAACACACCACCGGUCAACGUCGAACAGCAAUCGUCGUCGUCAGCUCCAGCUCCUGCUCCGAGAAUCAACGUAGCUCACUCCGGGAUCACCAGUACCAGCACCAGUUGUCACUCUCCAACCUUCGAUCGAUCCCGAGUACUCUUAGCCACGGCCGUUGUGGUGGUAGUCGAUGACGUAGGAAACCAACAUCUAGCUCGUGCCUUGCUGGAUUCUGGCAGCGAAUGUUGUUUUGCCACCAGUCGCUUGUACAACCUUAUGAAGGUCAGAAGAACCAAGGUUGAUGUUCCCAUAGCAGGAAUAGGAAGCUCAUCGACGAAAGUUAAAUUCCAAUUUCAUGCCAUCGUAAAAUCCCGCACAUCAGAUUACACAACAACACUACCAUUCCUUAUUCUGCCCAAAGUUACUAUCGAUCUUCCAACUAUUGACGUUAACAUUUCCCAAUGGCCCAUACCCAAGAACCUACAAUUCGCUGAUCCGGACUUUUAUGAACGACACCCUAUUGAUCUCGUGCUGGGAGCCGAGAUAUUUUUCGAUAUUUUUUCACCCCCUGGGCAUAUCUACUUGGGUGAGUCGCUGCCGUCGGUAGUUAACUCCGUAUUCGGAUGGGUCGUCUCGGGAAAAACAACAUCCAACGCAAACAUUCCACAAACCACCCCAAUGAUUUGUCAGGUAGCCACUCUCAAAAGAUUGGAAAACCAAAUGGAAAAAUUUUGGUUAAUAGACGAAAGCGCAUUCCCAUCAUCAUCGUAUUCCCCUGAAGAAAGCAAGUGCGAAGAAUUUUUUUGCCGUACCGUUAGUCGCAAUUCCGAAGGUCGCUACAUCGUUCGUUUGCCAGUGAAACGUGACGUCAUCGAUCAGCUGGGCGACAACUCCAAAUCAGCUGUUCGUCGUUUUCAAUUGAUAGAGAAUCGAAUUCAAAAAGAAUCUUCGCUAGGUGAGAAAUACAGAGAGUUCAUGACGGAGUAUAUUCGGCUCGGUCACAUGGAACUAGUGACCGAGUGCGAGCAUACUACCAAACAGGCAUACUAUCUCCCUCACCAUCCCGUUAUCCGAGAUUGCAGCACUACGACCAAGGUCCGUGUCGUAUUCGAUGCGUCAAGCCGAUCUUCCACGGGUGUAUCGCUCAACAAUGCUCUGAUGGUGGGCCCCACAAUACAACAAGACUUGCGAGCGAUCGUGAUGCGCUCUCGAAUGUACCAGUUUGUUUUGAUUGCUGAUAUAGAAAAAAUGUAUCGGCAAAUUCUCGUGCACCCCGAUGACACCCCACUACAGAGAAUCUUCUGGCGCUCAUCUCCCGAUCAACCGAUACAGACGUACGAGCUCAAGACGGUGACGUAUGGCACAGCUUCGGCUCCUUUCCUGGCAACCCGAGUUCUCAAACAGCUGGCCAUCGAUGAGGCGGAGGGUUUCCCGAAGGCAGCGAGGGUUAUCAGAGAGGAUGUUUACAUGGACGAUAUCUUCUCCGGGGCACAGACGGUGGCAGAAGCAGUCGAGCUGCGAGACCAGCUGGUAGCGAUGUGCCUCAGGACUGGCUUUCCGCUGCAGAAAUGGGCUUCGAACGACGAAGCAAUCAUGAAUGGGAUUCCUGCUGAGCGACGGGCGCUUCAGCAGUCGAUUAGUUUUGAUCAAGACCAGACACUGAAAACUCUUGGGAUACAUUGGGAACCGGGCACUGAUAUUUUGAAAUUUCAAAUUGAUUUGAAAACUGCGACAGAUGCGAAACUAACUAAAAGGGCAACUCUUUCUUGCAUUGCGCAACUUUUCGACCCGUUGGGACUUGUGGGUCCAAUUUUGGUUACGGCAAAGGCUUUCAUGCAAAAACUCUGGACGUUAAAGAACGAAAAUGGGUCAAUUUGGGAUUGGGAUCAAGAAUUGCCCGACUACCUUAAACAUGAAUGGGCCAACUAUCAUACUCAACUCCCCCUGCUAAACGGUGUUCGGCUAGAGAGGUACGUUCUCCUGCGCAAGGCAGUCGAGAGUGAGUUACACAUUUUCUCGGACGCAUCCGAAACAGCGUAUGGUGCGUGCGCUUAUAUUCGAUCUGUUGAUAAUCAAGGCAAAAUUAAAGUGGUUCUCCUUACAUCUAAGUCGAGAAUCGCCCCCCUCAAGCAAGUUAGCAUUCCCCGCCUAGAGCUUUGUGGCGCUCUUCUGGCAGCCGAACUUUACGAGAAGAUUCGGCUAUCGAUAAAUAUUGAGAUGCGUGUUAAAUUUUGGACGGAUUCGACAGUGGUACUGAGUUGGCUGAGGGCUAUUCCAUCAACUUGGACCAACUUUGUGGCAAAUAGGGUUUCCAAAAUUCAGACUGCGACGGAAGGAUGCUCAUGGCAGCACAUAACCGGCGCAGAAAACCCAGCUGAUGUCAUUUCCCGAGGCUGUUUGCCGUCGGACAUUCUUCGCAAUUCCUUAUGGUGGCAGGGACCAGAUUGGCUGAACCAAGACAAGAGUUCUUGGCCCACUCCGAACGUUGAUAUCGUAACCAGCACUGAUUUUGAAUUGAGAAAAUCCGCAAUCGUUUCCUCUUCAGCGAACAUAGAACCGAGCUUCAUUGAUGACCUCCUGAAACAAUUUGAAAAUUUUCAUGCGCUUAUACGCUUCACCGCAUAUGCGUUGCGCCUCAGCACGAAUUUUCGUCUGCCACAGAGCGAGCGCAGAUUCCAGUGGCUCACGACCGACGAAUUGAGAACAGCAGAACACACGAUUGUCCGACUUAUCCAACAGCAGCAUUUCCCCGACGAGUGGAGAAGGUUGAAAAAAGGCGAGCCGGUAUCGAGUUCUUCGAAGCUGAAGUGGUUCUACCCAAUACUUAGCCAGCGUGAUGACGUCAUGAGAAUCGAUGUUGGUCACACGGUACAUAGACAAAUCGUGUAA